AGUUUAUUCAUCAAAUGUGAUCUUGAAGGUAAUAGAAUAGAACUCUAUUAACGAUUGAUAGUUCGGUUGAUUAGGCUAUGAAAUUUACUGUUAUCCGAACUUUUGGUUACUUGGGCUUACAAUCUAUCAGACACUUUUCUUCUUUUUUCAGUGAUGCAGAUACUCACGAGGCGACUAUUUCUACGGCUGGUGGUAAAAAGGGUACCGGCUCUGGAAGUCACAGCUGUGACAUCUGUGGCAGGCACUAUCAAAGCGAAAGGGCUCUCAAAGUUCACAUCAAAGUACAUAAACGGAGUGAUGCGCACGAGUGUGGUAAAACAUAUAUCGCCCAAGGUACGUUAGAAGUACAGAAUGAAUGUAAGCACGGAAGCGAACCCAUGGAACGAUGCAAAAUUUGCGGAAGGACGUUUCGGCAUGCUCAUGGGCUGGCAGCACACGUCGCCAGUCAUGUGAAACAUGUUUGCGAAAUAUGUGACAAAGUGUAUUUCAAGAAAAAUCAACUCACAGCUCACAUGAGAGUUCACACCGGUGAGCGACCUUUCACGUGUGGAACAUGUGGCAAAUCAUUCGGCAAAAAAUGCGUUUUAGUCACUCACAUGAAGACUCAUGCAGAUAAGCAAUUUAAAUGUGACAUAUGUGGGAGACCAUUCACCAGCAAAUAUUAUGCAGUGGAGCAUAGUAAAACGCAUACGCAUAAGCGCAGCACUGAUCGUAAAUUCAAAUGUGAAAUCUGUGACAAAGGAUUCCCGUACAAAAAUCAUCUUGCACAGCAUAGGAAAACACACCGCACAGAUCGUCCGCACAGCUGCGAAAUUUGCGGUAAAUCCUUCAAAACGUCAAGUACUUUAUACAUUCACAUGAAAAAAGUGCACAGCUCUCAGCAUCCUCAUAUGUGCUCGGUUUGUGGAAAGGAGUUCGCAUACCCCUCCUUGCUCAAGCAGCAUAUGGCUUGUCACAUGGAUGAACGGCCUUAUAAAUGUAAAACCUGCGAUGCAUCAUUCAAGUCAUCUAGUACCCUAUGGAAACACCAGAAAGAACACGCGAGCGCUGAGUCUAAUACUUUGAGCACUUUGCCGACACGCUUGUUUGAUGCCGCCACUCCAGAGGCAACUGUUUCUGCAGUUGAUGAUAAGCAGGGUGCCGGCUAUAAAAGUCACAAAUGUAACAUCUGUGGUAGGCACUAUCAAAGCGAAAAGGCUCUUAAAGUCCACAUCAAACUACACAAAUGGCAUAAACCGUACGAGUGUGACAAGUGCAGUAAGUACUACAACAACCCAGGUUCGUUACGAGUACACAAGAAAAGGAUGCACGGAAGCGAACCCAUGGAACGAUGCAAAAUUUGCGGAAGGGCGUUCCGGCAUGAUCAUGAGCUGGCAGCACACGUCGCCAGUCAUGUCAAACAUGUUUGCGAUAUAUGUGACAAAGAGUAUUUCAAGAAAAGUCUCCUAAUGGCUCACAUGAGAGUUCACACCGGUGAGCGACCUUUCGUGUGUGAAACAUGUGGCAAAUCAUUCGGCAAAGAAUCCGUUUUAGUAACUCACAUGAUGACUCAUGCAGAUAAGCAAUUUAAAUGUGACAUAUGCGGGAAACCAUUCACCAGCAAAUAUUAUGCUGCGGAGCAUAGAAAAACACAUACGCAGAAGCGCAGCACUGAUCCAAAAUUCAAAUGUGAAAUGUGUAACAAAGCAUUCCCGUACAACAAUUAUCUUAUUCAGCAUAGAAAAACACACCGCACUGAUCGUCCGCACAGCUGCCAAAUUUGCAGUAAAUCUUUCAAAACGUCAAAUGUUUUAUACACUCACAUGAAAAAAGUGCACAGCUCUCAGCACCCUCAUAUGUGCUCGAUUUGUGGAAAAGAGUUCGCAUUCCCCUCCCUUCUCAAGCAGCACAUGGCUCGUCACAUGGAAGAACGACCUUACAAAUGUAAAACCUGCGAUGCAUCAUUCAAGUCAUCUAGUACUUUAUGGGAGCACAGGAAAGAGCACACGAGCGCUUAUUCCAACGGAGUUUCCGGAUCAUCCAACAUUCCAGCCAUUGAACGUUUGAGGGGACGUGAAAAUUGGUCGUCAUGGAAGUUUGCUGCGAAAACUUAUCUCCAUCUGGAAGGCCUCUGGGAUGCCAUCAAGCCAAAGAUAAAAGAAAACGGAGCCAUUGAAGCGGAAGAUGAGCGAAAGGAUUUACAAGCCCGAUUGAAGCUAAUCUUGUUCCUUGACCCUACAAUCUAUGUCCAUAUCGAAGACGCGAAGUCAGCGCGUACGGCGUGGGAAAAAUUGGAAACGGCGUUCAAGGACAAAGUACUCUCCCGGCAGAUCGGAUUACUCCAUAAGCUCAUCAAGACGAAUUUGGAUUUGUGCGACUCGAUGGACGAAUAUGUAAAUCAGGUCCCAAAGCAAAAGCGGCGUAAGUGGGACCCCAAAUCCCACGAGUGUAUACUGAUGGGAUUCGAUGAAGAAACCAAAGGCUAUCGUCUGUACGAUCUAAAAAAGAAGACUACAAUCAAGAGCCGUGAAGUCGUUUUCCUGAACGAAGGCGUUCCAUCCGAAGCAGCGUGCCCCGAAGCUCGACGUGUCAAGCCAUCGAAUGGUAGACUGGACAUCGAAGAUCCGGUUGAAACCGUGCUUGAGCCGACACUUUCGUCUGCAACACCCUGCGAAUCGGAAUCAGAAGACGAAUAUGAUGAAGGUGAUUUAAAAGACGAUAGCGAAACCAGUUCAAGUCAAAGGUGUCAAAGCGCAGCGAACGGGAGCACGUUCUUGCAGGCAAGUACAAUAACAUUCAUGUUGAUAGCACUGGCCUUCCUGGUAUCUCACUUCCACAGUCAACCCCUGAUGAAAUAUAUGAAAAAAAAAUCCCCUGAUAAAGAUUCGAGCUCGGACUCGAGCGACUUCGCUGGUUUUUCCGAUGAUGAAGGCAUCAAUGAUGGUUUUGUGGCAGUAAUAUCGGGCAUGAAUGGCGAAUUCGGUAACGAUCCAGUCUCACAUCAGGAAGCGCUAGCCUGCGACGAUAGUGAUGCCUGGAAGCGUGCUAUGCAGGAAGAAUUUGACGCCUUGGUGGACAACAAAACUUGGACUAUCACUUCGCUACCGAAAGGAAAGAAGGCGAUCAAGUGCAAAUGGGUCUACAAGACGAAGCGAGACGCUGAAGGCAAGGGGAUAGACUACGAUGAGACGUACGCUCCCGUCGUUCGGUGUAGUUCGCUGCGGUAUCUAUUCGCUUUGGCAAUCAGACACGACCUUGUUAUUGGCCAGAUGGAUGCAGUGACGGCCUUUCUACAAGGCGAUCUUGAUGAAGAGAUUUACAUGGAGCAGCCAUAUUUCGCGGACGAUAAUCAAAAAACGAUGGUGUGCAAGCUAAACAAGGCAUUGUACGGCUUGAGGCAGUCAAGCCGAGUUUGGAACCAAAAACUCGAUGCGGCUCUUCGACGUUUUGGCCUGAAAUCAACACAGAUCUGGGACAAGCGCAACACUGCCUUGGAAUCCGAAUCAAAAGAGCCAAUGAUUUCCAUCAGCUUGGACCAGGAAGCCUACACAGAGUCGAUUCUGAAACGGUUCAACAUGGAACGAUGCAAACCAGUAAAGGUGCCAAUGAACAGCAGUGAGAAGCUUACAAAAGAUGCGAGCCCGAAAGAUGACAAUGAAUCCACUGCUAUGGAGGACGUUCCGUAUCAGGAAGCAGUCGGGUGUCUCAUGUAUUUGGCGCAGAGCACUCGACCGGAUAUUCUUUUUGCGGUGAAAACUCUUAGCCGGUUCAACAACAAUCCCGGGGUCAAACAUUGGAACGCAGUAAAGCAUGUUCUGCGUUACCUACGUGGAACUUCCUGUAUGAAGCUGAUCUAUAGAAAGGAUGCAGAUUCCAGCGUGGUCGGUUAUUACGAUGCUGACUGGGGAUCGGAUCCAGAUGAAAGGAAGUCCACAAGUGGCAACAUCUUCAUGGCACAGGGCGGUGCAAUCUCGUGGAUGUGCAAGAAGCAAUUAACAGUGGCGCUCUCAACGUGUGAAGCCGAAUACAUGUCCGUUUCGGCUGCUGUGCAGGAGGCAUCUUGGUGGCGUGGUCUGUCAGCACUACUCAAUAAAAACAACGAUGAACCGAUUGAGAUCCGAUGCGACAACCAAAGCUGCAUUGCGAUCGCGAAAAAUGGUGGUUAUAACCCGCGCACGAAGCACAUUGACAUACGCCACCAUUUCAAAAAAGACGCUCUUCGCCGUGGUGUGGUAAACCUGACGUACAUUAGCACAGAGGAGCAAAUUGCGGAUGGUCUCACCAAACCACUACAACGAAUGAACGAAAUGGAGAAAUUCAGCCCUAUAAAGGUGGAAGGACUUACUCGAACAGUAAAGGUACAAGAGCUUACAAUCUCCGACACUCUGGCUACGAAUGGGAAAACACCGCUCAUUAGCAGCGAUAGGUGCUCUGGUGAACCGAUUGUAACGGACGCCCUGCGGAUAGGUUCAACUGAUGUAAAACAAGAACCUAUGGCGGACAUCACCGAUGAAGUUGAGACUACAGCAGCUUGUAAUAGAAUUGCAGCUUCUAGCCCCAGCAACUCGGAGGGCUCGGAAAAGCGCAAAACCGGCGUAGGUGAUCAAUCACCAAAAAACGAUCAGCGACCCUUCAAAUGCGACAUCUGUGACGCAUCAUACACGAGACGUCAUGCUCUAAGUAACCAUAUGAAGAUCCACAAGGUCGAGCCGUCUCUAGGCAACACAGAAGAGUUGAAGCCAAAUCGGACCGAUAACAGCCGAAGUGAUGGGCCAGUGAAAUACACCUGCGACAUAUGCGGCAAACAGUACGAACGAUUGAGAGCACUCAAAGUACAUCUGAAGCUUCAUCAAAUCACCACUCAUCAUCACAUCAAAGCGAAAUUUCGAUUUCAGCACGUGAAUUGUUUGUGCGAAAUGGAGGAAUUCAGUUUAACAAAGAUGGAAGUAUCUACUCCAAUCAAGCAAGAAGAGCUAUUAAUAUCCGACCCUGUAGCUACGGAAGAGGAACCGACUGUAACGGACGCCCUGAGGAAAGGUUUUACUGAUGUGAAACAAGAACCGAAAAUGGAGAUUACCGAUGAUGUUGAGACUACAGCAGCGUUCAGCUCCAGCAACUCUAACGAGUCGGAAAUGCGCAAUACCGAUGUUGGUGGUCAUUCACACAAAAAGAACGCUUGUGAAUUCUGCAAUAAAAAAUACAGCUCAAAACUCAACUUGGAGAAUCAUAGAAGAAUCCACACCGGUGAACGACCUUUUGCGUGUGAUAUCUGCAACAGAACAUUCCCCACUGCUGAAAGUUUGCAGCACCAUAAAAAUGCUCAUACAGGAGACUGGCUCUUUGAAUGUGACAUAUGCAAGCGAAGGUUUUCCCAAAAAUCAACCUUGGCGUCCCACAUGAAUUUUCACCGCACAGAUUGCCCUUAUAAGUGUCUGAUUUGCGAUAAAAAAUGUGGAACUAGAUAUCACCUCCAGCAACAUAUGCGUAGUCACAGCGAUGCAAGGCCCUUCAAAUGUGACAUCUGUGAUGCGUCAUACAAGAGUCAUAGUGCUCUGGAAAAUCAUAUGAAGAUCCACAAGGUCGAUCCCUCCCCAGGUGACGUUGAAGGUUCUGAACCAAAUCGAAGUGUUGGGCUCCCCAAGUACACAUGCGACAUAUGCGGUAAACAGUACAAAUAUAUGAGACCACUUCACUUACAUACGAAGCUUCAUCAGAGUACCACCGAGGUGAAAACCUACAACCUAAAGCUGCACGAGUGUACGAUUUGUGGAAAAAGAAGACCGAGUAGAACAUCGCUCAUAAGGCACAUGGUUUCUCAUACUGAAGAACGACCUUUUAAUUGCGAUAUUUGCGGUUUAUCAUAUAAGUCAGCUCGUGAUAUGAAAGUCCAUAGAAAUACGCAUACUGCCGAGAGACGGUAUGAAUGCGAAAUUUGCGGAAAAUAAUUUCCAUAUUCGACCUCGCUAAAGCGGCACAUGAUAUGUCAUACUGACGGACGGCCAUUUAAAUGCAAUAUUUGCAAUCGAUCGUUAAGGUCAGAAUCUUCUCUAAGAUUUCAUAAACUAACACAUAGUGUAAAGCGUGAGAGCUUUACAUUCGAGCAAAAUCCUGUCGCUGCUCACUCUGAAGAACAACUUCUCAAUUGUGAUGUUUGCAGUUUAUCGUUUAAAACAGCUAUAAAUUUGAGAAAACAUAAGGAAAAGCAUUCCUCGGAAAUCCCCAUUCAAUGCGAAAUCUGCGAGAGACAAUUUCUUACUCCUUACAAACUAAGGCAGCAUAUGCUAACCCAUGCUAAUGAAAGGCCUUAUGCGUGCAACAUUUGCAGGUUAUCAUUCAAAACAAAAUGUAAACUGCAAGUUCAUGAAAAAACGCACUCGGAGGAACGGCCUUACAAAUGUGAUAUUUGCACUUUUUCAUUCAAGACAAUUGCUUCGUUAAAGUUGCACGGGAAAACGAAAAAGCACCUCUUUCGAGCACAACUGAAUCACAAAUAAAAAUGAUGGUAUUUUUGGGUCGGUUUGUUACUUAACGCCGUAAGAGUAAUUAAUACGUAUUUUCAACGAGAAUCUCAGUUGGUUUGAGCUAACACACAACUCCAGAAUAAUGAUUUUUUGAUAAGUUUCCAACACAAAGCGGGGCUGUAGGAGGGAAUGGUUAUCAGUUCUCCCGGCCUGCCUCUAAGCUUGUCGGACGACAGUCCGGUAAAGAUGGUUCUUGAAACCAACCCAUCAGAGAUGAGACGCGGGCAAGGUUUGACCCUACGCAGAUUGCAGAGCUCCACGGCCCGGGACUGUUUGGUAAGGUAAGUUGAGAAAGCAGUGAGCUCUCCUUAGCAGAAUGAUUAUGUACAGUCAGGUUUUUACGCGGUUUUUUAUACGCGGAUUUUUUACGAGGUUUUUUUACGCGUAUUUUUUAAUUAACGCGGUUUUUUUUACGCGGAUUUUUGAAUUAACGCGGUUGUUUUUACGAGGUACGUAUCCCCCGCGUAAAAAAAACCUGACUGUACUUUGUACACCUAAUUUUCACUUCAUGAACAUGAACAUGAAUUUUUACUUCAAUGGUAUGAACAGAAUUGGUUAACUUGAUUAGAUUUUAUUCUCUACGAAUAUGCCAUGUAUAAAAAAUGUUAAAAAAAAAUAUUCUCCUUAUAAGGCUGAUACAAACUUUGAAUAGUUUUUAUGUCAACGGGUAUCAAAGUUAGCUAAAGGGAAUCAAAAAAUAAAUAACACUGAAAAGAAAAAAAAAGAAGUAACUUUCAUGAAAAAAUGUGUGCAAGUUACGACGUUUGUAACUUGCAUGCCAAAGUUUGUUGAAAAAUAUCACAUUACCUAUGAUCAUUAUUAAUCAUCUGGCUUGCCUUUUGAUGACACUUUUACUGUCACUGGACUUGUUUGUUGCUAAAUUAAGCAUAUACGCUGUCGAAAAGUCAAUAAUAUUAACAAAACGGCUUGAACUUUUUUCUUCCCCUUCCUAUUUUCAAAAUAAAAUUAAAAUAAAGUUUGUAUCGGCCUUAUUGAAAAUAAAUAAAAUUUUGCAUUGUUGUUGUUACGAUAAAAAUCACAGACGUAAUAAUGCCGGUAACUUGGAAAAACAGAUAUGAUUUCUUCAUUUAAAUCGACCAUUUAUUGCAACAAAUUAGGAGCGUUAGGCCUCCCGAUUCUCUGGUUGAAUGGAUCCGUUCGUACUUAACCACUCGAUGCGCUUUAGUGAAGUUACAUGCAACUUGUUCGGAGUCUUUUUCAAUCAACUAGGAUGUUCCACAAGGCAGUUGUUUGCCGGUGACCUGAAGCUUUAUCGGAUCAUCACUUCCAUUCUCGAUUUGCUCGUGAUUUUAUUUUCUGAUCACUUCAGGAAAUUCCACUUUAUGUUCCACCCCGACAUAGAACUGUGUAUGACCAGAACAAUCCACCUUAACAAACAGUUCUUGCCCGAGGGCCUAAUGUUGCAUGGUAGGAACUAAACAAAACUCCCACGUUAGUUCUACCCGUAAAAUUUGUAAGUAACGAAUCGGCCUAAAACAGUAUCGACUGGUCAUUUUUCUCUUUUGACUAAUUUUUGCCUUAGGUGCUUUGUCUCGUGCACCUUUAACGCGGAACUGGUCUUGUAUGUAUCACCACAAAUAUCACACUUAAAAAGUCGUUCUUCCGAGCAAAGAUCCGGCUGCAAAUUGUGCGUUUUU